AUGUCCGAGUCAGCAACCAUACUCUACGUCCCAGGCACCUGGCACGGCCCCGAGUGUUUCAACCGAGUCAUCACCCGCCUCGAAUCCGCAAACUACAAAACAGACAAAUUCCAUUCCUACGGCGGCCUGCCCACCAACGAAGCAAUCCACGGGCUGGACAUCCAAAUACGGCAGCGCAACGGACUGAAAGGUGGCGUGACGCGGCUGCUCUUAUGCUGCUCGUUCUUCAUCGCUGAGGGACAUUCGCUCAUCAGUGCAUUCGGCGAGAAUGACCUCCCCUGGUUUAGGGUCUCGGACGACCGACUGGAAGCCAACGUGGCGACCCCGAAGAAGAUCUUCUGUAAUGACUGCGACGAUACGCAGAUUGAGCGGUCCUGCGCUAGUUUUCGGCCCCAUAGCUACCGGACUUUCCAUAGUCCCUGUACGUAUGCGGCAUGGAGGGAUGUCCCGAGUACGUACUUGUACUGUUCGCAGAACGCGGCUAUUCCGUUCGCCAUGCAGAAGAUGAUGGUCGAGGAGAGGGCGCGAGGACAUGACUUUGUCACUGAGACGGUGGAUGCCUCGCACAGUCCGUUUUUCAGUAAGCCGGACGAGGUGGCGGCUUCUAUUCGGCGGGCUGUUGGGGAGGUUAUUUGA